GGAGCAAGUUUUGGGGAGGUUUAUGUGCAAUUUUCUGAGCCACCAAAUGAUAGAACCUCAAACUCCACAAAAUGAGUGUUUUUUGGGUAAUGGUGUUGCGUAAGCAAAUUGGCGAAGAAGCACAAGAGCGUUGAUGGAGAGUCUCAAGUUGGCAUCAUUGACGCUGUCUCCUCCUUCUCGACGCUCUGGGAUGCUAGGGAAGCAGUUGAAUUCCCCUUUACUUACAAUUGAUUCUGCAGCACAGUUUUGCAAUUGCAGGGCUGAUCUUGCUGCUGCAUCAUCAAGUAUUCCGCUGCCAAAUAUCAGAUUUUCACCAAGUGUAGCAACAUCAACAUGGACCUCAAAUCUUUCUACCAAACAUUGGAUAUUGCACUCAACUGCACAGAUAGAAAAUAUAAUCACAAGUAAUGAAGAUCAGAGUAUGUGGGAAGCAUGUAGACAAGCUCUGUCUGCAUUUAACUUUAGUGAUGAAGAAAAGGACAAGAUACUCGGAAAAGCAUUUGGUCUUGUUCAUUCCCCUUAUUGGGGAGAAGAACGUCAAAAGGAAGUUCCGAAACUCGAGACAGUAAAUGGAAUACUGGACUAUCUAAGGAGUUUAAAUCUUUCUGAUGAUGAUCUGUCCAAGUUGCUUAAAAAGUUUCCAGAAGUUCUUGGAUGUAAUUUAGAGGAAGAGUUAAAAGGCAAUGUAAAGAUCCUAGAGGAGCAGUGGAGUAUUGAAGGAAAAUCUCUUAGGAACCUUCUCCUUAGAAAUCCAAAGGUUUUGGGUUACAACGUUGAUUGUAAGGGAGACUGUAUUGCACAAUGCACUAGAUGCUGGGCUCGCUUCUAGGAGAUUGGAUAAGAUGUAUCUUUUUGUAACAUUAGUAGACUGGUGCAUAAUUUCUUUGUUCAUUUAUCCACACCCUCUACAACUUAAAUAGAAGACAGAAUUGUAUGUGAAGAAAGGUUCUCACUUUCUUGGAUGCAAGUGGUAAGAAGUAAUUUAUUCUCAAGUUUAA